UCCAAAUCAGGACAAGCCCAGACAUGAGGGUCUCCAGUCAGCUCCUGGGGCUCCUGCUGCUCUGGAUCCCAGGUACCAGAUGUGACAUCCAGAUGACCCAGUCUCCCUCCUUCAUAUCUGCAUCAGUAGGAGACAGAGUCACCAUCAGUUGCCAAGCGAGCCAGGGCAUAAGCCAAUGGUUAGCUUGGUAUCAACAGAAGCCAGGGAAAGCCCUUAAACUUCUAAUCUACCAGGCAACCAGUUUGGGAUCCGGAGUGCCAUCCAGGUUCAGCGGCAGUGGGUCUGGGACAGAUUUCACUCUCACCAUCAGCAGCCUGGAGGCUGAAGACCUUGCAACUUAUUACUGUAUGCAGCAUAAUAGUUACCCUCCAACAGUGAUACAAACCAUAACAAAAACCUCCCAGGGAUGCAGAAGUAGUGUGCUCUUGGACAGAGACAGAAUAACUUUUGGAUCCCCCUCUGCCUUAAAUCCUGCCACCUUACUCCCAGACGAGGCUGUGGGGCCCGUACUGCACACCUGUCAGGAGAUCCUAGCAGAAGAAACCGGAAUCCGCCAAGACUUAACGGACCAGCCCCUGCCCAAUCCGGAGGUAACCUGGUUCAUGGACAGGAGGAGCUUUCUCCAGGAUGGUAAGAGACGUGCUGGGGCGGCGGUAAUGGACAAAUCCAAAGUUAUCUGGUCUUCUGGACUGCCAGAGGGGACCUCAGCUCAAAGAGCUGAGCUCAUAGCUCUUGCUAAAGCCCUGGAACUGGCAGAAGGAAGGCGAGCAACAAUCUACACCGAUAGCCGCUAUGCCUUUGCCACCGCACAUAUUCAUGGGGCUAUUUACCAACGGAGGGGCUUGCUUACCUCGGCGGGCAGAAACAUUAAAAAUAAAAAAGAGAUUCUCAGAUUAUUAGCUGCCAUUAUGCUCCCCAAAAAACUGGCCAUAGUCCAUUGUGCCGGCCACCAAAAAGGACCAAACCCGAUAGCAGUAGGUAACAGGCAAGCUGAUGAGGAGGCAAGAACAAUUGCGUUAAAAGACUCUAAAAAAAAUGUUCUUGGUAGCAAAAAAAAUGUCAGGAGCCUCCCCAAGUGA